AAGCACCGUACCUACAUUUCAUGCUUGUUUUGUCACACUCUAAAUUUGUCUCUCAAUUAAUCAUUGACGUUUUCCGUUUUCCGUAUCGACCACCGUCUUAAUCGAAGACUAAUUGUGACGAAAGGCCAAAUUUCCUUUUUUCUUGGACCCACUUAAUGCUGUGUUUUCUUCUUAUUUCAUUUGAUUUACCACCACCAGUUUCUGCUAUGUUCUGUAAUUGAAUCACUUCUUGAAACCCAUUCCAGGAUCUUAAACCCGCCUCAGUUCACAGUCUUCUCGCAGUUCUCUGUAGUCUUGUGAACGGAAGAGCAGUUUUUGAAGCCGACCAAUAUGGAGAAGGAGCCUCUGCUCCCAUAUGCCAGCCCCCGAAAGAAGCCACCGCCGCCGCUAUGCCCUUUGCCGGAGCACGAUGAGGUCGUUCUUCCUCUUACCCCUUCGGCGAUUAAGGACCGCCUUAUCUUUGGCUCUUCUUCCCCAGCAGGUUCUUCCCCCUUGCUUGAGGCCUUAACACUUACCCUUAAUUCCCCAAGACCCUCCUCUUCUUCACAGGACCCUCAAGAUACACAGCCCCAACAGUCUUGGCUUAUUGACCCCAAUUUCCCAGUUCACAAGACUAAUCUUCAUCGCUCUAAAACCGCCCCGGCUAUGGCGGUAAUCAGCGAUUUUAAUCACCAGGGGCCUGUUGUUAGACCACAAUUUAGUUCCCAGUCGAUUGUUCGUCAAGCUGUUAUUCUUCUUAUAAUGUAUUUGUUGUUGGGGGUGGUUAUUUAUUGGUUCAAUCGUCAUAAUUUUUCAGCAACUGAAACUCAUCCUGUUGUGGACGCUUUAUAUUUUUGUAUAGUGACAAUGUGCACAAUAGGCUAUGGUGAUAUUACUCCAAAUAGCACAGCAACAAAACUGUUUUCUAUAUUGUUUGUACUGGUGGGUUUUGGGUUUAUUGACAUACUGCUCAGCGGGAUGGUCAGUUAUGUUCUUGAUCUGCAGGAGAAUCACUUGCUUCAAGCUGUGAAGACAAAGGCUGGGAUUGAGAAAGAUGCGAGAUCAUAUAUAAUUGAUGUGAAGAAAGGGAGAAUGAGGAUUAGGUUGAGGUCUUUGGCAUUGGGAGUUGUCGUCCUUUGUAUUGGAAUUGGGUUUGUUAUGCAUUUUGUGGAAGGGCUUGGGUUGUUGGAUUCUUUUUAUCUUUCAGUUAUGUCAGUAACAACUGUAGGGUAUGGUGACCAUGCAUUCAAGACACUGACUGGUCGCAUCUUUGCUGCUAUAUGGUUGCUUGUAUCAACACUUGCAGUGGCCCGGGCAUUCUUGUAUUUGGCUGAGGCAAGAGUGGCUAAGCGGCACAGGAGGAUGUCAAAGUGGAUUCUUGGUCAGGAUAUGACUAUCUCUGAGUUUCUUGCUGCAGAUAUCGACAAUAAUGGCUUUGUGAGUAAAUCAGAAUAUGUUAUUUACAAGCUCAAGGAGAUGGGGAUGGUUUCAGACAAAGAUAUUUUGCAGAUUUGUGAGAAAUUUGAAAAGAUAGAUGCCGGCAACUGUGGAAAAAUAACUCUAGCUGAUCUUAUGGAGGGUCAACGGCUGUAGUAUUAGUAAACAGUCCCAUUCUACUGUGAUGCCCGUUGAAAAGAGGGAUAUUAGAUUCUCAAGUUCCACGCGGGGAUUUUCAGUUCAGGGAUACAUACAUGCGUACAUAGAUAUACAUUAUAUAUAUAUAUGUAUGUAUAGAUAUAUGUUAUUCUCAAGCUGCUUGCUAUUGAAUUCUUUCUCGCCCUUUCAUCAUAAUCAUCUCAACUAGAUGAAGCGUCUGCGGAAAAAGAUUGCAAGAGCUGUGAUUUCCUGAAUGUUUACAGGAGGAAGUUUACCUUGCAAGUAUUUUGCUUUUACUACUUGUAGAAAUGCCUAAUUUAUCAGAGAUAGCUUGUGAACCAUGAAGCGGUACUCGGUAGUUUAAGCCAAUUAUUAUUUUGUAAGAAAUCUGUGAGUAACGAGUUGAGUUUAUUCUUGUGCGUUAUUGCUUCUGAGCUUCUCUGUCUUUUAGGAUUUGUAUACAUUGAUAAGUUGCUUAAAGUGAUACUUCUUACACA